UAUCCGCGCGGGUCAUGAUCUGCCACGCGACGGACAAUGUACGGUGUCGUGAACCCCAUUGCACAUAUUCUCGAGAUGCCAUACACGCUUCAAGUUGCGACGCGGGCGCGCAUUGGAAUCGAUAGGCUUGGGCGUUGGGCGACAAGGAAAUCUAGACUGCGCACUCGCGUCGACGAUGAUCGCCCGUGCACAUGGCUUCUUACAUCGACCGCUACUUAAGGCCAAUCCCUUUUUCGACAUAGCUCGUCGACGACGCCCCUCUUGUCCUCAGGGUCGCCCCUGCCGUCUUUUGAGUACCUCGCUUUCGCUUCCGCCCUUGUCACGACAUGUCUCUCGCCGCCGCUCACCUUUCCGAGAAGGCGCCUCGCACCAGGGGCGUCUCUGCCAUGCACUUCAAGAGCGCGACUACUGGUGUCGCGACCAAGAACAUGCGAAAUGAGCUCAACAGACUCGUGAACACCGUCUCAGACCCCGCGACGAGAAAGGCGUUCGACACGGAGAUGCAGUCCUUCUUCUACCUCUUCACUCGCUACCUCGCCGAAAAGGCUCAGAACAAGGAGAUCGAUUGGGAACGCAUCAAAUCUCCCGCUGCAGACCAGAUCGUCUCAUACGAUGACUUGCCCGCUACCACGGACCCCAAGAGUCUGGACAGGCUCGCCGUCCUUAAGGUCAACGGGGGUCUUGGGACAUCCAUGGGAAUGACCGGCGCAAAGAGUGCCCUCGAGGUCAAGGACGAUAUGACUUUCCUCGAUCUCACCGUGCGACAGAUAGAGCACCUCAACACCACCUAUCGCGUCGACGUGCCCCUGAUACUCAUGACAUCCUUCAAUACUCAUGACGACACUCUCCGCAUCAUCAAGAAGUACGCAAACCAGCAGCUUCGCAUUACAACAUUUAACCAAUCGCGUUACCCUCGCAUCGACAAAGAAACACUUCUGCCUCUUCCCCGCUCUGCGACGGACGACAAGUCCAAGUGGUACCCACCCGGUCAUGGUGACUUGUACAACGCCCUAUUGCACUCGGGCGUGCUCGACCAGCUUCUGGCUGAGGGUAAGGAAUACCUCUUUGUAUCCAACUCGGACAACUUGGGUGCUGUCGUCGAUCAGAAGAUCUUGCAACACAUGAUCGACACGAAUGCAGAGUUCAUUAUGGAGGUGACAGACAAGACUAAGGCUGACGUCAAGGGCGGUACCCUCAUUGAUUAUGAGGGGAACGUUCAAUUGCUCGAAAUCGCCCAAGUACCGUCGGAACACGUCGAGGAUUUCAAGUCUGUUCGUAAGUUCAAGAUCUUCAACACGAACAACCUGUGGAUCAACCUGAAGGCGCUCAAGCGCAUCAUGGAGAACGAAGGCAUGGAACUCGAGAUCAUCGUCAACCCCAAAGUUACAGAGGAUGGCGUCUCGGUCAUUCAACUGGAGACCGCCGCGGGUGCGGCCAUCCGCCACUUCAAGAACGCACGCGGCAUCAACGUGCCCAGGAGCCGGUUCUUGCCUGUGAAGAGCUGUUCCGACCUUCUGCUCAUCAAGAGCGACGUCUACUCGCUUGAACACGGCGAACUUGUGAUCAACGAAAACAGGAUGUUUGGCACGACGCCUGUUAUCAAGCUAGGCGACCACUUCAAGAAGAUCGCGCAGUUCCAGAAACGGUUCAAGAAGAUACCCAAGAUCAUUGAGCUCGACCAUCUGACGGUCACUGGCGACGUGUAUUUCGGCCGAAAUGUGACUCUCAGAGGCACUGUCAUCGUUGUUGCAAACGAGGGUCAGCGUAUCGAUAUCCCCGACGGUUGCGUGCUGGAGAAUAGGCUUCUAUCUGGAAACUUGACGAUGACUGAACUAUAAAUGGUGUCCUAUAUACCCACGUACGAUACUCCUCGCUACAUCUGGCUCCGCGUUAGGUUUCAGCGUGCUGUGCUAAUACACUAUCGUCGCCGUAAGCUCAUCGCCUAUAUCUGUUAUCGGACGAAGGGAUGC